GGAAUUUCAUAAUCAGGUGGUGUGCCUGUAAAGAAUAUAAGAGAGCUCCUCCUUGGUUCUUCAUCCGCUUAUCACCUGUUGCUGUCUGACUCCUCCAGUGCUCGCACUGCCCGUUUAUAGGACAACAGAAUGAGUACUAAGAAGUCUCCCGAAGAAAUGAAGAGCAUUUUUCAAAAAUAUGCAGCCAAAGAAGGCGAUCCAAACCAGCUGUCAAAGGAGGAGCUGAAGCUGCUGAUUCAGGCGGAAUUCCCCAGUCUCCUGAAGGGUUCAAGUACUCUAGACAACCUCUUUGAAGAGCUGGAUAAGAACGGCGAUGGAGAAGUUAGUUUCGAAGAAUUCCAAGCAUUGUUCAAGAAGAUAUCACAAUGAAGAAGCCAUUAAGGAACCCCAUCACCACCUACUGAUGAAACCCUUUGCAAUCAUAAAUAUCUAGCUGUGAGAUCAAGAUACUGUUAAUAAAAUAAAUUUUGAGACAUGUCUCACUUGUCAAGUA